ACAUCUCGCCUACCUCUCGCAAAAAUAUGGCGUCCGAGCAUGGUCGGAGUGUUUCCUCCGUGGUGCGGAGGCUUUGCGCGUGAGAAAUCGCCGGAUCUUUUUUUUUCGUGACCAUCACCGCGCGCUGGACAGAACCUUCCGGGAUGAUGUAGCCAGCAGCCCGCGACGAACCCGGGUCGCAUGAGACCUUCGCGUCUACGGUGUUCCUAGAGUGUUUUUAAUUUUUUUUUUCUCCCUCCGUGUGCCUCCGUGCGUGUGUGUGCGUGCAACCAACCAAGUCAGCAACCGCAUUGGACGCCAAAGAAAAUCACCACCGCCGACAUGACGACUGACAAGAUCAAAGUUGCCGUGCGCGUGCGCCCCAUGAAUCGGCGAGAGGUGGAGCUGGGCGCACAAUGCGUGGUCGAGAUGACCGAGGGUCAGACCGUCCUCUACAACAGCAACAAGGGCGAAGGACGGAAACACCCGAAGACGUUUGCCUUCGACCACUGCUUCUGGUCAUUCAACGAAUCGGACGGGCACUUUGCCAGCCAGGAACAGGUCUACUCCUGCCUAGGGACGGACAUCCUGGACAAUGCCUUCCAAGGGUACAACGCCUGCAUAUUUGCCUACGGGCAGACAGGUUCUGGCAAGAGUUACACCAUGAUGGGGACUGCGGACAACAAGGGGGUGAUACCGCGGCUAUGCGACUCGCUAUUCGAGCGCAUAGCCUGCUGCGCGGAUCCUAACAUCAGCUACAAGGUGGAGGUGUCCUACAUGGAAAUCUAUAACGAGCGCGUCCACGACCUAUUAGACCCCAGGGGAGGGAAACAGCAUCUAAAAGUUCGAGAACACAAUAUUCUUGGCCCGUAUGUUGAUGGUCUUUCAACAUUAGCCGUAUCCUCCUAUGAGGAAAUUAAUAACCUAAUGACGGAAGGCAACAAGUCUCGGACAGUCGCAGCAACUAACAUGAACAGCGAAUCCAGUCGCUCUCACGCAGUAUUCAAUAUCACUCUGACCUGUUUAAUUAGAGACAAUGCCUCUGGGGUCACCGGUGAGAAAGUGUCCAAAAUGAGUCUUGUAGAUUUGGCUGGCAGCGAACGGGCAGUCAAGACUGGUGCCAUUGGCGAUCGUCUAAAAGAAGGUUCCAAUAUCAACAAGUCCCUCACAACGUUGGGGUUAGUCAUUUCCAAGUUAGCUGACCAGUCCUCGGGGAAAGCAAAAGAUUCCUUUGUACCAUAUCGGGACUCUGUUCUCACGUGGCUUCUGAAGGACAACCUGGGAGGCAACAGUCGCACUGUGAUGGUGGCUGCCAUCAGCCCAGCAGCAGACAACUAUGAGGAGACUCUGUCAACCCUGAGGUAUGCGGACCGAGCCAAGCGCAUCAUCAACCACGCCGUAGUCAACGAAGACCCCAACGCCCGCAUCAUUCGUGAGCUCCGAGAGGAAGUGGAGAUGCUCAGGGAUCAGCUCAAGCAUGCCACGACGCCAGAAGGUCUGAGUGAACGUCUACGAGAGUCAGAAACCCUGAUGCAAGAGAUCUCGCAGACCUGGGAAGAGAAGCUGCGCAAGACAGAAAAGAUCCAUCAGGAAAGGCAGCAAGCCCUUGAGAAGAUGGGCAUCUCAGUCCAGGCGUCGGGCAUCAAGGUCGAAAACGACAAGUACUACAUGGUCAACCUGAACGCCGACCCUUCGCUCAACGAACUGCUUGUCUACUAUAUGAAGGAAAGGACACUGGUGGGACGUCCCGACGCGCCUUCCGAGCAGGACAUUCAACUCAGCGGACUCGGAAUCAUGCCCGAGCACUGCAUCAUCACUAUCGAGGGUCCUGAACUGUACAUAACGCCACUUGAAGGCGCAAGGACGUGCGUGAAUGGGUCGGCCAUUGUGUCCAAGACACAGCUUCACCAUGGCGACCGAGUGCUCUGGGGCAACAAUCACUUCUUCAGGGUCAACUGCCCACGAAUGCAGACAGCCGGUGCAUUGGAGACGCCCAUUCUCGACCGGCCCAUCGACUACGAAUUUGCCCGUGAGGAAAUCAUGAUGAAAGAACUGGUUAACGAUCCCAUCCAGGCAGCUAUGCAAUCGCUCGAGAAGCAGCACGAGGAAGACAAGCACAACGCCCUGGAGAAGCAGCGUCAGAUGUACGAGCGGCAGCUGCAGCUGCUGCGCAACCAGAUGUCGCCGUCCACGCCGUACGCGCCCUACCUGCCCUUUGACCCGCUGGGGGCCAAGGCGGCUUCCUCGGGACUGCCCAGCCCCAGCGUCGCCUCGCGCAUGGAGCGGUGGGCCAAGGAGAGGGACGAGCUGUUCAAGAAGAGCCUGGCCAAACUGCGGGAGGACAUAGUGCGGGCAAACGCUCUCGUCCGGGAGGCCAACUUUUUGGCCGAGGAAAUGGGCAAGCACACGGAGUUCAAGGUCACCCUGCAGAUACCAGCCGCCAACCUGAGCCCCAAUAGGAAGAAGAGUGCAUUCGUGAGUGAGCCGGCCAUCUUGGUGAAACGAAAGAAAGAGGGCAGCCAGGUGUGGUCCAUGGAGAAGCUUGAGAACAAGAUCAUCGACAUGCGGGAGAUGUACGAGGACCGGAAGGAGAGGCCACCAUCCCUCAAGGAUGACAAGGAGACUACGUCACCCAGCCUCGACCCUUUCUACGAGUCGCAAGAGAACCACAACCUCAUUGGCGUUGCCAAUGUGUUCCUAGAGGUGCUGUUCCACAAUGUGCGCCUUAGCUACCAUGUGCCUAUCAUCAGUCAGCAAGGAGAGAUUGCGGGUCGCGUGCACGUUGAAAUUAGCAAGACGGACGGUGUGCUGCCUGAUCGAAGCGGUGACCUAGAGGGAAGUUUUCGGGGAUCACUCCUCGACAUCUCGGAUGACAGUUCGGGAAGACAGGUCACCGUCCGGGUUGCCAUCAAGAGUGCAGUGGGCCUGCCACCAUCCCUGUCCAACUUCGUCUUCUGCCAGUACACGUUCUGGGGCCACACUGAGGCCGUUGUAGUGGCACCCGUAGUGGACACAGACGCCAAGCCGGGCUCUCCCGGCAACUCGAACAUCGCCUUCAAGUUCAAUCACGUACAGGAUCAUGUGGUACCCGUGACGGAGGAGUUUGUCGAGCACUGCGCCGAGGGUGCCCUUUCUAUCGAAGUGUGGGGCCACCGGAGCACAGGCUUCACUAGCUCUGGCCACGGCUGGGACCUGACCACAGGUGGUCCCCAGUCCCACAUUUCACACUCCCUGGUGGACAGGUGGUCGGAGUUGAAGCGCAAGCUGGAGCUGUGGUUGGAGAUCCACGAGCUGACGGAGCAGGGCGAGUACGCGCCCGUGGAGGUGGUGCCCCGGGGCGAUGUGGGCACAGGCGGGGUGUUCCAACUCCGCCAGGGCCAGCAGCGCCGCCUGGUGGUGCGCGUGGCCCCCGUGGUCCGCUCUGGCACCCUGCCCCUCAUCUGCCAGCACAUCGGCUCUGUCAGCGUGGUGCCGUCUGCAUUCCGCUCGCGCCUCCAGCGGCCCCUCGACUCAUACCAGGACGAUGACCUCAGUGUGUUGCGAGAACGGUGGUGCGAUGCUUUGAGUCGGCGUUCCGAGUAUUUGGCGGAGCACCUCAAGAAGAUCACUGACAAGCCGGUCAAGUCCGAUGAAGACGCUGACCGUGAGAAGAGCUUGAUCAACCAGUGGCUGCUCCUGACUGAAGAAAAGAACGCAGUCUUGGCACCGCAGCCAGGAUCAGACAUUCCUGGCGCUCCCGCAAACUGGGAACCUCCAGUGGGGAUGGAAAACCAUGUGCCUGUUAUCUUCCUAGACUUGAGUGAUGACAUGAGCGUGCCCAACUCGGGCGAGAACGGGCUUCAGGUCGCCGGCGCAAACUCCAUCCUGCCCAAGGAGCAGAACAACUCGUCGCCGCUGUUCAACCUGCCAAUUGUGAAGCACUUCGAUAAAGAGGUGUGUGCAGUGGCGGCGUGGGACUCGUCCAUCCACGACUCCAUGCACCUGAACGCCCUGACAUCGCCAAAUGACCGCAUCUACCUCAUCCUCAAGGUGUCUGUGAGGCUGAGCCAUCCCGCUGUGAUGGAUCUCAUUCUGCGGAAGCGCUUUGCCAUCAAUGUGUACAAGAAGCAGUCGCUCACUGAAAAGAUACGCAAGAGGAUCAGCAGGCAGGACGUCUACUUCGCAUCGGGAGUAACGUAUGAAAUCGUUGCCAGCAUACCAAAGGCUUUCGAAGACUUGGAGGGUCGGGAAUCCCUGGCCCUGAUGGCCGCUUCUGGUGGGGACAGCGAAACGAGCGACGGCGAAAGUUACAUAGAGAAGUACACACGUGGGGUUUCGGCUGUCGAGAGCAUCCUCACGCUGGAUCGCCUGCGUCAGGAAGUGGCCGUGAAGGAGUUGCUGGCAGCCCAAGGACGGCUGCUGCGCAAGACAGCUAGCGUGCCCAACAUCGCGCAGGUCAUGCGCACCUCGGAUGCUGGCUCCCCGCUGCGGCCAGACGAGGCAGCACCGCACCGAUCGGACUCCGUCAUCAAUCUGGCAUCGUCUUCGCUCAGCGAAGGUCUCGACCGGUUCCUCAGUGAGGGAAAAAGUGCUGCAAUCUCAAGCCUCGCACGACCCACAUUCCUCAACCUAAACUUCAAUCUAAACUUGAGCUUGCGGCAGGCGGCGGGUGCCAAAACCUCCUCCUUGGCUGUCCUGAGCCCGCAGCCAACCAAGUUUGUGAAGCCCAUGCGUACGGUCAUUGAGGAGCAGACUCAGCAUAGGGAGGCGCAACCCUUGUUGCUGGAAGACGACGAUGAACAGUCUGAAGACGAGGAGAGGCCGACGGCGACAGCGCAUCACAGGACAAUUGUGGAGGCUGCGGCGAUGGACACAACCGCCCCGGAGGUCAGGAUCGAGCAAGCCACCAAGUCUCCCAUGCCAGAUAUGGCCGAGAAAGCGGCGGAAGAAGAGAGUGGUCAGGUGCCGGAGUCCAAGGACAAGGACCAAGGGGAGGAGUUCACGGAGUUCAAGUCCUACUGGGCGGCCGGCAAGGAUGAGGAGGUCAAGUCAGAGGGCAGCGACGAUCGGCAGCCAAAACCCGUCGCCGCCAUGACUCACUCCAUCACGAGUGACUGCAUCGCUGACCUCGUGGGCAAGAUGGCCACUCCACCGAGCAUGGUGUCCAGUGGUUAUGGGUCACAGGCCUUGUCCUCGACACCACUUUCUAGCGAGGACUCUGGGUCGCUCCGGAGUGUCGGGGGAAACGAAGAUGCUGGUACCCCUGACCUGGUGGAUCUGAGGCCUGCAGCUCCUGCCGACAGCCAGUCAAACAUGAGUUGUGACAAGCCACAAGCAAAAUCGGAUGUAGCUGUGGAAAGAGCCCAAGGCCACGAAGGAGCCGACCAGAACCAUUUAGGCAAUAACGACAAAGCAGGGGAAAAAAUUUGCCACGUCCAAGACAUUAAAAGUACAAUCACAGAGGAGAAGCUGCCUGUUGCACCUACAGUUCAAGGAAGCAGAAACCUGCCACCUUCCACCACCUCUGAAACGCAGAGUUUGUCCCCGGACGCUACCGUAAUUGGCCUGACUCAAGUAGUGCAGCGAAGGUCCCAACACGCUUCGGCCCAGCCCGAGCACAGACAGUCCUACCCAGCCACGAGCACUCCAGCUAGCAUAGACAUGUCCAGUUCAGUGCCUGAGCUCAACCUGCCACGGUCCAGCUCGCCAGCGGAUGGCAUCGGCAAUGCCUCUUCGUCUUCAUCCGAUGAGAACCUCUCUGCCAGCACAGCCAGUGACGAUGCACUAGACGCAUCCUCGACGGCCGACUGGACGGCUCCCGCAUGGCUGGUGCUGGGCGAGAGCGUCAUGAUCAGCCCGUACAACAAGACGGGCGUGGUCUCCUUUCUGGGGCCAACGCAGUUUUCGCCCGGUCUCUGGGUUGGUGUGGAGUUGGACACUCCAACAGGACGCAAUGACGGCACUGUGGGAGGCGUGCGAUACUUUGAGUGCAAGCCCAAGUAUGGAGUGUUUGUGAGGCCCGACAAGCUGGUGCUGGACAAGAGGGGCCGCAUGGUACGACAGAGCCGGGCUUCCACAGCUGCCAACGCUUCUGCCAAGGGAACUGGUCGGGACAGCAUCAUGUCGAGAAGCAUGGGCAGCCUGCAGAGCAGCCGGGUGUUGCUAGGAUCUACGGAGAACGUCGCUCGACGAGGCAACGCUGUCUCCUCCGAGAUGAUCCGGUCCACUACUUCAAGGUCCAGCCCCCGCUCCCACAAGUGAGGAGGAAACUGCCCACAGCCGAGAGAGCCAACCCAGGCAUUCUCCAACAAAGCAUACAAGCGUCGCGUCCAUUGAAACAACUCCCGGCCGCUCCCCUCCUGCCACCCGCAGCAAUUUUCUGUGAUGGUUCCUUCAUGGCAUUGCCCUGUUUUCAUUGUUGGAUUCCUCUUGUUUGGUUUUUUUUUUCUGUGUUUAACCUUCGGGUACACCUCUAUGCUGUGAUGUCAGUUUGGUUCAGCGGUCUUUAAAGGAUUCAUAUGGCAUUGACAAUUAGCUAACAGUCAAACUUCGCACGGCAUAAUCAUUCAAGAACACGUUUGGCAUCAGUACUUGCCCGAUUUGUCCAGCAGAAGUAGACGAGGUGAAGCAGACUAUGGUGAAGUGUCAACGUUGCAGUCCCGUCGAUUAAAUGUCCCAGCACUGUCGUCCGACUGUAGCAGGAAACGUGGGAAUGCACUUCUGUGAGAUUCGAGAGCUAGCUCAAUCUGGUGCUGGAAUGAUUUCUUUGAUGCCCGUUGAACCGAGCACGCAGGCCACGGCAUUUUGAAGUUUCAUUUGCUCACUGUUUUUGAGGUGGGAGAGAAGUAAUGCGGCGUCGCGACGCUAACACUGCGGAAGCACGAGUCGGGCAAUGAUAUCGACUUUUGUGAUACGGCCCAUCUCGUUGCGCAGCCGGGCUCGAAACGCCGCUCAAGGCAUAGCCGUGCGAAGGAAGAUGCAUGUGGCAGAUGUGGGGAGCCGAAGUCCACAGUGCCGGAUUAUUACGUCAUCCCUUUGUACAUGUUCCCCUUCGCAUUUGUUCAUAAGUGUACACAGAUCCCAGCCCCCCAUCCCCUCGAGUGUCCCUUCUCGUGUUCACAUGUUCUUUCUUCUUUAUUCUUCUGUGCUGCUGAAGGCAGUUGUAAUUUCUCACAACGCUAUUGAAGUUUGUAGCGGCAAUCGCUCAGAGCGCAUUUCCUGCGUGGAGUUGUUGCCGCAGUGCCGCGCAAUGCUAUCGCACCUGUCAUAUAGCUGCGCAUUGACUACACUGUUAGUCCGAGCCUGAUGUGGAGGCUCGCCCGAUAGGGUAUAUUUUUCUGCAGAAGUCACUCGAGCAAAAUCUAGCGCUGCAGUUGCUGAACUACCGAAAUGAGUUUUUACGUGAUUUGGCAUCACUUUGUUGAGAUACAGCUAAGUGCAGCUUCUUUUAUGUUUCGUUGCAGCUUCGCUGUAUUACUGCCAGUCGCACAGCAUUUAUUUGGAGCACAGAAGAAUAUGUUACCUUCAUUUACUGUAUAAUUUGUAGACAACAUAAAUCGUGUCACUGAAAAGUGCAUAAUGAUAGACUGAGAUUUCUUUCUAGCUGUGGAAAUCGUCACAUGUCUUGACAGAACUUGAAUGUUUUUAAACGCUUUUAAUUAAAUUUUUUUAAUUAUACUUGUUUUUAAGGCAAUAUGAUGAUAGAAAUUGAUGAUGAUAUUUAGGGUUUAACGUCUCAAAACCGCGAUAUGAUUAUGAGAGGCGCCAAAGUCAAGGGCUCCGGAAAUUUCGACGACCUAGGGUUCUUUAACGUGCACCUAAAUCUAAACACACGGGCCUCAAACCUUUAUGCCUCUAUCUAAAAUGCAGCGGAACAAUAAUUAUUGGCAUCUGGCAAAUUUAAGGUGCCAUUGCUAGGUUAAAGAAGAUGUCAGAAAGUUGUUUAACGUCAGGAAAUCAAAGUUCGUAUGAAGUGUUCUGUCCAUCUACUAUCCCACUCCAUGCUCUACUUCAUACGUCAGCACUGGAUUUCUUUUAGUAAUCUUGUACGAAGCUCUUAUUCUGAGUUGGACAGUAAUCAUAACAGUGCACUCGUCGCAAUGCGUGAAACAGACGCAUUGAUGCCAAAUCGCACUGCACCUCUCAUGAGACGCAGGAAAUGCGCUCCACGUCGUUGACGCCCAUCAUUUCGUUUUCAAAACGUCCGCCAUUCGUCAAAAGCGGGACGCAACAAGUCAUUACGGCCAUGACAGCUGUUGUUGCCCGAUCUUCCCUUGUUCAUUUUUCACCUGGUCAAACCGACCGUAACCUGCGCGACCCCUUCCCAGGAAAGGUGUGUCCGCCCUUCACAUGCGUAUUACAUCGAGGUUUCACUGCGUAUUUGCCGGAAUGGUUUUUGCCGGAAAAAGAGAGUUUUUUUUUUUUUUUUUUUUUUUUGCUUUUGUUGCAGCAAGCUCACAGUUUGCGGAGGCUGGCACUGGGUGAUGAAUUAACCCUUUGCCGUCUUUUAAAUUCCGAGUUUCCGAAACUCGCCACGCUUGCGUGUUUCUUUUUAAAUCAUUCUUCUUCUUAAUUUUCGUCAAGUACAUUGUGAUCAAGAUGUGUUGAUACAGUCUCCUUCUUGCGGUCGACGAGGAGUUCCUGUUCCGAGCGAGUCCCGUUACCUUUUUUUUGUUUUCUAGGUGCAUUUCUUCUGGUGUAACUGUUUUGUUCCCAAAGAUUUCUAGGUGUUCUUUUUUUUGUAUCUCUUGUUAAAGCUGUUUUGUUUGGUUGUAUAUUACAGAGGUAUAUUGUCCACAUAUAGGCAUAGUUUAGAAAACUAUAUACAUGUAUUGUGUACAUGGCGCACGAGUAGAUUUCGCAUGCAGUUUUAUCUUUACAUUCGCCACCGUGCUUUUCAAAGUGUACCAUAUAGAGAAAUAUGAAAGUGCUGACGCUCGCAGUUGAGAAACAAACAGGCGAGUCGGGCGUCCACACUUUUUGCGUUUACUUGUUUUUCGCCGCACGUUUAGCACGUUGUUUCCGAGGCACACUGGUGUGAUAUUAAGGAAAAGUGGCGUCGUCUUUUUUUUUUUUUUCUUGCUCUGUCAUGUCUAUGGUCCAUUUUUCAUUUGUCCUGGCUCCUGUUCAAUUAUGAUGGGAGCGCACUGAGACACACAGAUUUUUCUUCAUUUCAUAGGUAAAAGGAAAACUCUCGUUUGUGUUUGGUCAUACCUGAAGUUUUGAUCUUCACUUGCAAAUAUGGUUGACUUUAAAGAGAAACGAAAGGGACAGCAUGCCUCUUCAUGGAGAGUUCAAGUCAGUUUAUUCCUUUGUCUAGAAACACUGUUGCAGAAACAGUAUGGCACAACUUGUUGGGUCCUGGGCUGUUUGGCACGAGGGAAAAAAGAAGGGUAUUAGUAGAAGUGCGAGGUAUUGACAAACACGAGGAGGCUGCCGCGCAGUGCAGAGCACUUUCGCAGCCUCUAUGAUAGCAAGGACUGAAAGCAAUACAGCUGGCUGAUGACUAUCGUGUAUGCAUGUGAAAAGAACGAUUUUUUUUAUCAUGUUGAGCCGACGUUUAUGGCUCAACAAACUUCCAUAGGAGGACUUGUCCGCAAAUAAGGGAGCUCACGUGCAUGUGCGUAGGCUUUUUGUGCAUUCCCGUUAGACAAAAAGAUACAUUCCAUGACGUAUGCGUCGUUCCACGGUUACGUCGCCUUUGCAUAGUCUGAACGCAGCGGCCCUUAAGCUUGACCCCCCGAUCGCUUCUUGUUUGGGCAGCGUGUUUAUCUUUUAGCACAGACUGCCUGCUGUGUGUUUCGUUGUGCGGAAUGUGAUCAGUCUCUUUUGGCAACCAGAGCUUUGUUAUUGCUAAGCUUUCUUGGGAUGCCACUCGUUCGCUGGAACGUCACACGAAGGUUGUUGUACUCUUGAGCAUGCCGUAACCCUUACCGCGUUUGUCUGUCGAAAAGCUUAAACCAGUUGAAGGUCGUUAUUUUUAGAGCUUUUGCUUUCGCGGCAACCAUGUUUUUUGAAGUGACUGUUACAUUCAUGAAAGCAUUGUGUGUAAACCGAAAAGGCCAAUUGCAGCGAUACCUUGCAUGACAAAAAAAAAAAAAAACACAAUCGUAAUGAUGUUUCAGCUAUAAAGAAGGAAGGCUUGGUGCGAAACUUUCCAUGUACAGAAUUCAAGGGGACGAGUGACAAUUGGCACAUUCUGCGAGCAUUAAUGUAUGCCUCACUAUCCAGAUGCGGUGAAACUUGGACCGCACGAGAAAUUUGUGUGGCAAUAUUUAUGAAUGCUUACACAUAACGCAGGUCCCAUGUGCAAUUGCUCCUCUAAGACAUUUUUUUUUCAUUUUUUAAAGGCAGCAGAAUAGCAUUGUGCCAGUGUGUAAGCUGUUCAGCACACUGCUAAAGGCAUAAAGCAGCAUGAAAGUCAUAGGAAAGGUGUAAUCGAUAAUUUUACAACUUUACCCUACUUCAGUGGAGUUCGCUAGCUAUUUUCAUCUGAUUGAGCUCAUCUAAGAUGUCGCUGCAGUUGGUCUUGUGUGCAGCUUUGUAUAAAGUGCUGGGUCUAUGACCAUUCCGAUCACACACACGCAUGCACUAGAAUAAUAAAAUGAAAUAUACUGUCCAAUGUGCGUGCAUAUAAUAGGAGUCACUUCAUUUUAUCAUGUCAUCUGGUAAGACCUACCGCUUCUACCAGCUGUUUCUGGCUUUGUAUGGUUUCAAGUGGUAAUUCGAUCGAGCUCCAUUUACCGGUGAAGGCACAACAGUCACUGGUAUAAUACGUUUUCGGACUGUCCCAGCAUUCUAACAAUUUUUUUCCCCACACACUGCUAGUCCGGAGGAAGAGGUAAAGUGGCUGUUGUAGCUGCAACGGCUAAGCCUAUCCAUAUUUAUUGGGCACAUAUGCACCAUCUCGGUUGUGAUCAUUCACAGACUGUUCGUUUAUCAAGCUUCGUCUUGGCUCUUAGCAUCAGCGGGACAUGCCUGGUGGAUGUGACAACCAAGAAAGACCGCUAUCUGUGUGUCCUAUGGUGUCUGGAGCAAAUUUAGGCAUGUUGCGCUUUUUUCGCUAUUUAGCUCCUUGUAGAAGAAAAUGUGCAAAAAAAAAAGAGUUGUUUCUCGCAGCAGGCAGGUAAUUGUUUUCUCUCUCUCCUAGCUUACUCGAAAAGUCAUGCAGUUCACAUGCGAGUGAGUCAUAGUCCACAAUGUAUAAUCAAAAUGAACCUAAUCAUUACUUUGUUUCUUUCGGUGCACUGCUGUGGCAAUUAAAACGUGUACAUCAUGUUGCUGACGGAGGUCCUUGCUGCUGGCCUACUAAGUUCCAUCAAAUUUGGUCGAGGAUCCACGUAGAAUAAAAUACCUACAACAUAGUUUCAAA